CCCAGGACUGGAGAAGCAGGCUGACCUGAACCACCUUUCCACAGGACAUCAUUACAACUUCAGGCCGGAUCUCAUCAUGUGGUCACCCUCAGUUGAUGAAGCAUGCGAGCGCAAACGGCUGAAGUACUCAGAGAAGUCCAGUGGCGGAGUGUGGAAUAUCCUCCAGAGCAGUCUCCUCCGGGUGCUGAGCCAAACGCAGAACCUUUCUUCAUCAUGAACACAGAGAAGGACCACGAGUUAACCAGCCCAGAGGGGAGUGGGAUGGAGAUUUGCAGUGAUGUUGCAGAUGUGAAGCCACAGGAGGAAGAAGAGAGGGAAGAUCAGUCAUUCAGUGAGAAUGGAAUGCAGGGUUCUGAAGGUGUGGCGGAUCCACAUUUGAUUAAGACAGAGGCAGAGGAGAUGGAAGAAGACGAGCAGUACCCCAAGGAUGAAAAAGAAGGAGAGUUUGUGCUGAAAGAGGAAGCAGAGGGGGGGAGUGACGAUGGGACGGAGGAAGGAUUCGACGAGGAGAGGACUGAGGAGGACGAGGACGAGGAGGUGGAGGACGAAGGGGACGCCCCUAACGAACCCCAGGACCUGUCGCUGGUGGACUACUCGCGUUAUGACGCCCACGCUGCAGCAGCAGAAGGGACCUACGUGCCUGGAGCUGCAGCCCCCCGCAUCCCCGCGACCGGCAAGCUCAACUGUGAGAUCUGUGGCAUGUCCUGCGUCAGCAUCAACGUACUGCUGGUGCACAAGCGCAGCCACACGGAGUUUGUUUCCCCCCCUCCAGGUGAGAGGCCAUUCCACUGCAGUCAGUGCGGUGCCUCCUUCACGCAGAAGGGAAACCUGCUGCGCCACAUCAAACUGCACUCCGGGGAGAAGCCUUUCAAAUGCCCCAUGUGCAGCUACGCCUGCCGCCGCCGGGACGCUCUGAGCGGGCACCUGCGCACACACUCUGUGGAGAAACCCUUCAAGUGCAACCACUGCAGUCGCAGCUACAAGCAGCGAAGCAGCCUCGAAGAACACCGGGAGAGAUGCCAUGUGUACAUCCAGAGCAAAGGUCCAACGGAGAGAGAGGACGGCCACACAUCCAGGACUCAGAUGGGUACCGAGCGAGCUUUGUUGCUCGACAGGCUCGCCAGCAACGUAGCCAAACGGAAGAGCUCCAUGCCACAGAAGUUCACCGGCGACAACGGUGUGUGUCUGGACCUGAGCUUUAACAGGGAGUUGGUCUACAGGACCGAGGUCAAGGAGCCUCCCCCAGGCUCCCCGGGGCCCGACCCCCACCAUCAGCAACAACCUGUCCUCACAGGGCCAGAGAACAACCCGGCUCCCUCCCGCAGACCUUACCCCAUCCAGCUGAGCCCCAUGGGCCUCACUAACGGCCACAAGAUGGGCCUGCCGCUGCUGGGCCCCCCCCCCACCUCCCAGCGCCAGGUCGGCAUGGACUCGUUCCAAAGUGACGGCUCCCAGAUGUCACAGCCUGUCAUGUACAGCCUGGGUCACCUGUUGGGGGGGCUGAGCCAUCAGAAUGGACUCCCUCACCCACAUGCACAGCCCAUCCCCCUGUCGCCACUGGAGGCUUUACGGGUGGUGCGAGGGGACGGGGAGGGGGGUGCGUUGCCCGGGGCAGUGUACCCCUGCGGCCACUGCAGGGUGAUCUUCCUGGACUACGUCAUGUUCACCAUCCACAUGGGCUGCCACGGCUUCCGGGACCCGCUCGAGUGCAACGUGUGCGGCCACCGCAGCCGGGACCGUUACGAGUUCUCCUCCCACAUAGCCCGCGGGGAGCACCGCCUUGAACUCAAGUAGCUGUCAUUCAUGCACACACACACACACACACACACACGCCCUGACAGAUAACCAUGUACUAGCACACACAGAUUUACUCAUAUUUGUAGCUGGUAGUAUGAGAAAUGAAAGCAUGACGUAGCAUCUCUCUCGGUGUGUGAGUGUUUGAAAGUGUGUCUGUGCGGAGUGUAACGGGUGUCAGAAUUUCCUUGGUCCUACCGUACUCAUCUGAAGAGAUGAUUUGUAAAUGUUUACGCAGGAGGGAUUCUAACCAUGCAUUUUUAUAUAUUUGUACUUAAUGAUUCCUGCUGUAGCCAUGUAUACAUUUAACAAAGUAGCAUAAAUGAAUGCAUGUAUUGUUUAUCUGCUCUUGUUUUCUCCUGUUAUUUGUGUUAAGGUUUAAAAAAAUAAAAGAGAACCUCUCUUUCCCUUCAUCAAACAGAGACCUGCGACUUGCUGAGAGACGUUCUUUUUUAAACUCUUGUCAAUUCAAGCCUGCAGAAGAUUAAAAAAAGUGCUAUUAUCUCGAAGGUCACAUGUCUCCUUUAGGCUGUGGUUUAGAGUGCAGUUCAUGGCUUCAAACGACAUCACUACACUCUGCAUGUGUUGGUUUUCACUCCUGAAUAUCUUACACUCCCACAGGUUAGACGAGGCUUCACAGCUCUGCAGAGAGGUUUUUGUCAAACGACAUAGAGGUGUGUAUAGAUAUAUAUAUAGGACUUAGCACGAAUACAUGUAUCUGAGAAGGUACGUCCUUCUGAGAUACAUGGUGAUAAAAAUGAAUGAUGAGGCAGGUCGAAAAUAAAUGUAACAUGCUGCUGAACAACAUAAAACGUAUCUGAAUGCAUAUUAAAAACCGUUCUUAUAUGAA